GGACCCGUGUAGCUCCAAAACUGAGCGCGGAGCUAACGCGAACAUUUAAAAACAACGCGUUUACAGCGUCUUAACAAUGGCAUCAAACUAUUAAAAAUGAAAUAUUGAUCCGCCUAUUGACAUUACUUUGUCUAUCUUCUUUACAAAGAAAGAGUGAAGUUCUUCUGAGCUGCAAAAAUGAACAGAAAGAGAAGAAAUGAAGGACAGCUGUCACCAGUGGACGCAAAGAAAAGACGUGAUGAUAGCAGCUCAGAUCUUGAUCUGUCUGCACAAGACUCCAGUCAGAAUGAGUCCCUCAGUGAUCAAGAGGACCACAAACCAAGUUUCUCUAUGCCAUCUAUAUCUUUUAACGCUACAGAAGCAGACAGUGCUACCCAGUCCUCAUCCAGAUUUUCCAUGUACAACAGCGUCUCACAGAAGCUUAUGGCCAAAAUGGGCUUCCGUGAAGGGGAAGGCUUGGGAAAGUUUGGCCAGGGACGGAAAGAGAUCGUAGAAGCAUCAACACAGAGAGGGAGAAGAGGUCUUGGUCUGACACUCCAGGGCUUUCAGGGGGAGCUUAAUAUUGACUGGCGCGAUGAACCUGAGCCAAGUGCAAUCGAAAAAGUUGAAUGGUUCCCAGAAUGCACUACAGAGAUGCCGGAUUCGCAUGAACUUCUGGAUUGGAUGCUUACUGGCCCGAUAAAAAUGAAAAUUGAGGAUGAGACAGAGUUUUGCACUGAAGACCUUUUACAUACUCUUCUAAGAUGCAAGGCAAUAUUCGAUGAUCUAGAAGGUGAAGAGAUGAGGAGAGCACGUACUCGCUCCAAUCCAUAUGAAACAAUUAGAGGAGGGAUCUUCCUUAACAGGGCAGCUAUGAAAAUGGCCAAUAUUGACCACUGCUUCGACCAUAUGUUCACCAACCCUAAGGAUCCACAAGGAAAACCCAUGAUAAAGGACCGAGAGGGUGACCUCUUGUACUUUGGAGAUGUUUGCGCAGGGCCGGGAGGUUUUUCAGAAUACAUUUUGUGGAGGAAAGGCUGGCAUGCUAAAGGCUUUGGCAUGACCCUGAAAGGUCCCUGUGACUUUAAACUUGAAGAUUUUUAUGCAGCACCGAGUGAACUCUUUGAGCCCUACUACGGUGAAGGAGGUAUAGAUGGAGAUGGGGACAUCACACGGCCAGAAAACAUCACAGCUUUCCGAAAUUUUGUGCUAGAAAGUACAGAGGGAAAAGGGCUGCAUUUUCUUAUGGCAGAUGGAGGGUUCUCUGUGGAGGGUCAAGAAAACCUUCAGGAGAUUUUAACGAAACAGUUGUUACUCUGUCAGUUUCUCACAGCCAUUUCAACUCUUAGGACUGGUGGGCACUUUGUCUGUAAGACAUUUGACUUGUUUACGUCCUUCAGUGUGGGGCUAGUUUACCUAAUGUACCUCUGUUUUGAGAGAAUAACACUUUUUAAACCUGUCACAAGCCGACCUGCUAAUUCUGAGAGGUACAUAGUGUGUCGUGACCUGAAGCCAGGCUCAGAUGCAGUUAGAGAAUACAUGUUCAAAGUCAACCUGAAACUGAACCAACUGAAGAACACAGACAGGGAUGUUUUAGAAGUAGUCCCACUGCACAUAAUCAAAGAUGACACUGAAUUCUACCAAUUUAUGGUCAACUCCAAUGAGAGUCUCUGUGCUGUCCAGAUCAAGGCCCUAGCAAAAAUACAUGCUUUUGUUGUAGAUCCGACUCUCUCAGAGGCAAGGCAAGCUGACAUUAGAAAGGAGUGUCUCAAACUUUGGGGGGUCCCAGACAAAGCUAGAGUAGCAUCAACCUCCUCAGACCCAAGAUCUAAAUUUCAUGAACUGCUGAAGGGGGCAGAUCUGGAGGCAUUCCAGAGUAAACCCACUUUCCUUAACACACACACGCUUGAAAAGCUACGCCAUGUCCUCGAUCACAGAUGCAUUGUGGGAGGCGGUGAACAAAUCUUCCUUUUAGCCUUAGGGAAAUCCCAAAUAUACACAUGGGAUGGAAAGAUGCCUUUGCGCUGGAAGAAACUGGAGAGUUUUAAACUUGAGCUUCCCAGAGAUACACUACUGAGUGUUGAGAUCGUCCAGGAACUGAAAGGGGAGGGCAAAGCACAACGCAGAAUCAAUGCAGUUCAUGUAAUGGAUGCACUGGUAUUAAAUGGCACUGAUGUAAGAGACCAGCACUUCAACCAAAGAAUUCAAAUGGCAGAGAAGUUUGUGAAGGCUGUGGCUAAACCCAGCAGACCGGAUAUGAACCCUAUUAGAGUGAAAGAAGUAUACAGACUUGAAGAAAUGGAGAAGAUUUUUGUCAGACUGGAGAUGAAGGUUACAAAAAGUUCAGGAGGAAUGCCCCGCUUGUCCUACACUGGCCGAGAUGACCGUCACUUUCUCCCUACAGGCCUCUACAUGGUUAAAACUGUUAAUGAGCCUUGGACAAUGGUGUACAGUAAAAACUCCAGGAAGAAAUACUUCUAUAAUAAAAUAACAAAGGAAUCAACCUAUGAUCUUCCUCCCAACUCUGCUGCUCCUUUUCAUGUGUGUCACUCAGAGCGACUCUUCUGGGCCUGGGAGGAUGGGGUCAUAGUUCACGAUUCACAGACACGGAUGGAUCCUGAAAAACUAUCCAAAGACGAUGUGCUGUCUUUCAUUCACUCAAACCACCAGAUUUAAAGCUGCACUCCUACUUCUACUGUAAAGUAUAGUACAUAGUGUAAAAAUUGUACUUUGGCCAGCAAAAGAUUCAACAUAAUGCCACGAAAUAAACAUAAAUGGUUCUUAAUAUGGUCAAUCAAAUAAAAAUGUUGCUCCCUUUUAAUUUUUUUAUGUAGUGUUAAGACUACAGUUCUCUAGUAAUUUAGUGUUUGCUGCUAUUUUGGACUGGAUUUGGACUUUUGGACCUUUUGCUCUUUUUCACAGCUCCCGGCACAUAGAAAUACCUAGGGCUUGCAUUAUGAAUAGAAAUAUCAGCCUUGCAUUCAGCAUUACGAUUUCAUGUGGUUCAUCUCUAUCAAUGCACUGGGACUAACACACUUUUUCAGAUUUCAUAUAAAAUACCCUUUCCACGUGUGUCUAUAGAAAUUUUAUCUGUUUAUAUCAAAACUACAAACAUUUGUCUCAUUCUUGUUGGGAUAGUCUCUAAAACAAAUCUUUUCCUGAGUUCUGCCUUUCAAACAUGGAUCCUGUUUUGCUGUAAAUAUUGUUGGAAGGAAUAAAGAAAAAAAGAAAGUAGUAAAUGAUCAA